AUAAGGCAACACUGCAGAGAGGUAGAGGUAACAAACAAAAAAGGCAGUGAAAAGAAGAAACUCAAGACAAAGGACCAAAAUCAUGAGUAAGACCAAGACGCCAGGCAGCAAUCUGGAAUUUGUACGCGAAGAUGACUACGUGGAAUAUUACAUAUUCCCGAAAUUGACCGAUAAUAUUAAGCCAGACCAAUUGGAGCAAGUCAAGCAACAGCUGGAGAAGAUUCGUUCAGAGAUUCUAUUGCUGGUCAAUGAAAAAAUCACAGAACGUUGCUACAUUUGGCACAAGGACGAAUUUAAUUUACAAGUGCGCACUGGCAGUCAUGAGGAACGUUUAUUAAAUGAUGAAAUCAACCCAGAGGAUGACCAGGAACACGAGGAGGUUGCUCUAUUGCCCCAUUUACAUGGUGUCUCUCACUAUGGUGAUAAUAUAGGCGAUGAAUGGUUUAUUGUCUAUUUGCUGGCAGAGAUUACACGCUCUCGCGCGGAUUGCAUAGUACGUGUUUGCGAUUCAGAUGGUGAGUUUCUCCUCAUUGAGGCGGCUGAUGCUCUACCCGACUGGGCUAGCCCGGAUACAUGCGAGCAGCGUGUCUAUUUGGUCAAUGGAGUAUUGCAAUUAGUCCAGAAUUCACCAUCGACCAGUCGAACCAAACGCAUGCCCAUGUCUCAGGCUGUAGAGAGGAUACGCCUAAAUCCCACUCUAUAUCGCUGCUCGAAGAAUAUACAAAAUUGCAUAGAUAUGCGUCUCAAAGAAUUUCAAUUGGCCCAGCCACAUUUCUCCAUCCAUCAACAAAUUGUGGAAUUGCCACAGAACGCAGCGGGUCUUCUUAAGAUGCGCCCCUCCCUAGUAUCGGCAGCUGUGAGAGCCUUUUGCGAUCGCGACUCCUUAGAUUCGAAGGCACUGAGAUCCAUGCGUUAUUUUCCACCCGAAUCUAAGCGUGUGCGUACCAAUGUAAGAUUCACCCGUUGUCUCUACGCCAUGCUGAUGCAUAGCCAAUAUACACCAGAGCGCAGAUUGGGCUGGCAGUUGACGGACUCGUUGAGUCAACCGGAACGCUAUAAAGAACAAUUGUUGGGUGUAAAGCUAGCGAGUGGCUUGGAAAUCCUUGCCAGUCAGGCCAAGAGUCUUGGAGACAACAAGGAUGCUACCUCGCCAGCUUGGCGCGCUUAUGUUAGGAGUCUACAGUCCAAGGGCUAUUUCAAAGACAAUCUGGAGGGCAGUUCCGAGUACCAACAAUUGUUAGCCAAGGCCAAAGAGUAUUAUCAGGAGCAGGAAUCCCGUUUCCGCUUAGCUCCACGUGUUGGCAGCGAAAUCUUAGAGCUUCUUCAUAAUAAAAACGACACCAUAUCGGAGGAUUUGCUAGAUGAUGAGAAUAAUUUGCAACCCAGUGACUCGGAUAACUGGCUAAGUAUAACUGCUGAGGAUUUGGACACCAUGCUCCAGGAGCGUUAUGGUCCCAAGAAGCUCUAUAACCCCAAUGGCGACAUGAAUGCUGAAGAAUUUACCAAACAAUUGAGCGAAUUUCUGGAGCAACAAUCGAAUUUUGAGGGCAUUGAAUCAAAGGGUCACGAAGACCACGAUUUGGACUCGGACGAUGAUGAUGAUGAUGACGAAGAGGAAGAGAAUGUGCAGUCCAAAAGACAAUCGAAUAAUCUUAAACCAGUUGGUGGUAAAGUCAAGAAGAAUCCAUCCAUGCGCAAGGCUUGCCAGCAGCGCAAUUCUCUGAUUCAGAGCGAUGAUCAGAGCCAGGGACCAGAUAGUACCCAUGUCCGUAACUUUUUAGAUUUUGUCAUACCCGAAGAUAAUUGGGAUUCCAAUUCUGAAAUGAGCGAUUAUGCCGAUGAAGCGGAUUUGGAACAUAAUUUUGAUGCCCUCUCGAAUUCGGCUUCGAUUCAAUCUUAUAUGGAUCAAAUGGAUCGUGAAUUAGCUCACACUGCGGUGGGCAAGACUUUUCAUAGCAAGAAGCCAACAACAACAGCUGCUCCAAGUGCUCAUCUUGAUGAUGAUGAUGAUUUCGAUGAUAUUGAGGACUUUGAGCCCAUUAAUAUCAAUGUGAAUACAUUGAGGAACAUGAUGGAUAGCUACAAGUCUCAAGUGGGCGGUUCUGGCCCUGUUUCCAAUCUAUUUAGUGCCAUGGGUGUGGGCAUGGCCGCAGCAGCAGCAACAACAACAGCCAAUACGGAUGAGCCCAAGGAUCUAUCGGAAUCAGCUGUUUAAAAUGACAAUGGGAAGGAGGGUCCAAAAUUAAAAAUAAUAUCAUAAAUAAAAUCAAUCAUCUUAUUACUUUGUUUUGAAUUGCAUAUUUCUCAAGGUAACUAGAAUUUAAAAUUAACAACUAAUCCUUAGAUGCAGGCACAAAAUUUCCAUAAUCCCGACGAACCCGCAUUGGUCCAUUGCUGGAGCUGCCGCCACUUCGGCUGGUGUUACCACCUCGGUCGCCACUCCCGCCGCCACCACUACCACUAUCUGGCCCGUAACUAUGCCUCGAACGAUGAUCAUAUGUACGCUCUCCAGUUCUUUCCCUUUCUCCAGUUCUUUCCCGCCCUCCACUCCUUUCCCGGCGCGACUCAUCUCUAUUGCGACGAUCUGGAAUCAAUUGCACAUAAUAUUUAAAUAUAUUGAAUCAGCAACAUUAUCCUAACAAUACCUCUGUGAUAUGGUCUAUCAUUAUUGUGGUUAUUAUAACUAUUGUGAUAGCCGCCGCCACCACCGCCGCCGCCCACGCGUCUUUGCCACCCUCGAUUGUGACCACCACUUCGACGCUGGAAACGAUUAUUAUACGUGUCAUGUCCACCACCUGCACUUCCAACAGCACCGCCGCCGCUGCUACCGCCACUACCUCCUCCUGCCCAGUUAUCUAUCAGAGGGGGAUCUGGCACCGGAUUCCGACAGUGUGCCAUAAAUUCCCGGUCGUCGUCGGUGAAGCGACGGGCGAAUUCCUUUUCGCAAUCUUCCAGAAGGGGACUAUCUUUGGCUAGAAGAUUGAUUUUACGAUUCGGAUCCACCAUUUUAUUUAAACAAUUUCUAAUUUUAACUGAUAAUUUUAAUGGCCUACAACACAAAACAAAAAAAAAGUACGAAUUCGAGCUCUAGAAACUAUGUUAAA